CCUCGCACUCUUGGACGCCAGUUAGUCCUUAGCGACGCGCCCAUGCUGUUUGUCCGUUGUUACGGACAUUUACAAAGAAUUUAAAAAAAUAGUUCAAACAUAACAUAGUGAGGAGAAUUAAUUAACUCGUUGUCCACUGUUUGUGAAUUUUCAACGGCCCAACCCUGGGAACUCUCCUCGAAAGCCGAGAAUCAUUUCAGGAUUACAUCCACGUGAUAGCUUCUUGUCCACGAAGCUACCUCGUCCGAUAAGUCUGAAAGAAUUGAGAAAUAUUUUUCCUCGAAUCGUAGAGAACAAUGCCAGCUCGUUUCGAAGCUAUGAACAAUCCACCUGUUCGUGAGCCAUCAGCAAUGCCAAACGGAGUGAUACUGACAUCCGACGAUGACAUCGUUAUUAGUGGAAUAUCUGGUCGUCUACCCGAGUCAGAUAAUAUCGAGGAAUUCAAGCGUAAUCUCCUUGAGGGUAUCGACAUGGUGACCGACGAUGAGCGUCGCUAUCCGAGAAAUCUCUACGGAUUACCAGCGCGGAAUGGAAAAAUCAAGGAUCUUUCGUCGUUCGAUGCACAGCACUUUGGCGUCCAUCCGAAACAAGCGGAAGUGAUGGAUCCACAGCUGCGAAUUCUCCUUGAAAUAACUCACGAGGCUAUAAUAGAUGCUGGUAUCAACCCAACUGAAGUGCGAGGAUCCAAGACAGGUGUUUUCGUUGCUGUAUCAGACUCAGAGAGUGCUGAGUACUGGUCAGCUGAUCCAGACAAAAUCAAUGGCUAUUCCCUGAUCGGAUGCUGUCGUGCCAUGUUCGCCAAUAGAAUCUCAUUCGCGUAUGAUUUCACUGGUCCAUCAUUCUCUGUUGACACUGCCUGCUCAUCAUCGAUGUACGCAUUGACACAGGCUGUUUUGGCAAUGCGUAAUGGCCAUUGUGAUGCUGCUAUCGUCGCUGGUGUCAAUCUCAUUCUAAAUCCAAAGUCAUCACUCCAGUUUGAUCGUCUCAGUAUGCUGUCUAAGGAUGGCAGUUGCAAGGCAUUCGAUGCAUCGUGCAAUGGAUACGUGAGGUCUGAGACAGUUGCUGUUGUUUAUCUACAGAAGGCCCGUGAUGCACGACGUGUUUAUGCCACUGUUGUUCAUGCCAAGACAAAUGUCGAUGGGAACAAGGUGAUGGGUAUUACAUAUCCCUCUGGAGAAAUGCAGAAUAAACUGAUGCACGAGGUUUAUGCUGAAUCUGGUGUUGAUCCAAGUGAUGUUGUUUAUGUUGAGGCACAUGGUACUGGUACCAAAGUCGGUGAUCCACAGGAGAUCAAAGGUAUUGCUGAAAUUUUCUGCAAGAACAGGACAAGUCCCCUUCUCGUUGGUUCGGUUAAAUCCAAUAUGGGGCAUGCCGAGUGCAGCAGUGGUGUUGCAUCUCUUGCUAAAGUUGUCAUUGCUAUGGAGGCUGGUAUUAUACCGGGUAAUCUUCAUUUCAGAGAUCCAAAUCCGGAUUUAACAGCUCUAUUUGAUGGUAGUAUCAGUGUUGUUGAUAAGAAUACAUUCUGGAAUGGUGGACUCGUUGGUAUUAAUUCGUUUGGCUUUGGUGGUGCCAAUGCUCACAUCAUUCUCAGGAGCAAUCCCAAGCCAAAAGCACUGCCUGUUCUCAAUGUUCCCAUUCCAAAGAUCAUUGGUGUAUCAGCGAGAACACCGGAGGGUAUCAAUCUAUUUUUAGAUAAGGCUCAGGAGCACGCCAAGGAUGAUGAAUUCAUUUCGCUGAUUCACGAUCUUCACCAUUCCAGUAUACUGGGGCAUUCUCAUCGAGGUUUUCAGAUAAUGGGUAGUGAUAAUUAUCGCGAGGUGAAAGAGAUAACAGUUGCUGCAAAGAAACCAAUUUGGUUUGUUUUCUCGGGGAUGGGAAGUCAGUGGCCUGGAAUGGGAAAGGAGCUAUUCUCCAUUGAAGUAUUCCAGACGAGUUUGAGGAGGUGUGCGGAGGCACUGAAACCCGUUGGUAUCGAUUUACUUGAUAUUAUCAUGAAUGGAACCGAGAAGACCUUCGAGAAUGUUAUGUACAGUUUCAUUUCUAUCGCUGCUAUCCAAGUGGCACUCGUCGAUGUUCUUGCUAUGCUGGGAAUUAAUCCUGAUGGUAUUGUCGGCCACUCAGUUGGAGAACUUGGAUGUGCUUAUGCUGAUGGGACAUUUACACCUGAACAGACGGUUCUUGCUGCUUACUGGAGAGGCAAGAGUAUAGUUGAUAGUAAAUUGCCACCUGGUGCGAUGGCUGCUGUUGGUCUUAGCUGGUCAGAAGCUGCGAAAAAGUGCCCACCAGAUAUAUCACCAGCGUGCAAUAACUCAGCGGACUCUGUCACUGUAUCAGGACCAGUUGACUCUAUCCAUAAAUUCGUGGAGCAGUUAAAGAAGGAGGAUAUAUUCGCCAGAACUGUCAACAGCUCUGGGGUUGCUUUUCAUAGCAAGUACAUUGCCUCGGUGGGACCAUUCCUAAGGACUAGCCUCGAAAAAUUGAUCACCAAUCCCAAACCGAGAUCCUCCAGGUGGAUUUCAUCGUCCAUGCCGGAAUCAGCCUGGAACACGCCUCUUGCUCAGCUCAGUUCAGCUGCUUAUCAUGUUAAUAAUUUACUGUCACCAGUGUUAUUCCAAGAGGCAUUGAAACACAUGCCCAAUGAUGCAAUUGCCAUUGAAAUAGCACCGCACUGUCUUCUUCAGGCCAUCCUGAGGAGAUCUGUGCCAACAGUAACAACUGUUGGUCUUCAUAAGAAGGAUCAUGGCAACAAUCUUGAAUUUUUGUUGAUGAAUUUGGGAAAAAUCUACAAUGCUGGGGGUCAGCCAAAUUUCAGCAAACUCUAUCCACCUGUGAGUUAUCCUGUUGGCAGAGGUACACCAAUGAUGAAUUCAAUUGUUGGGUGGGAUCAUUCACAAUCUUGGACGGUUGCUAGUUUUGUUGGUAAGGCUGGGGGUGCAGGCGAAGCUGUCAUUCAGAUUGAUAUCUCUAAAGAAGAACACGCUUUUUACGGCGGACACAAUAUCGAUGGACGAAUUCUAUUCCCAGCUACUGGAUACUUGACUCUAGCUUGGAAAACAUACGCCAAGAUUCAUGGACUUGAUUUCGAGAAAACUCCCAUUAUUCUGGAGAAUGUUCAGUUUCAUCGAGCUACGAUAAUGCCAAAGGAGGGAGUUGUCAAAUUCCUCGUGAAUAUUUUUGCUGGCACUGGGGAAUUCGAGAUCUGCGAGGGUGGAUCAUCGGCAGUCACUGGCAUAAUCAGAUUGCCAGAAAAUAUUGAGAGGGAGCAGUUGAAUCUGUCACCACCACCCGGCAAAGACGAGACCAAUCUGCUGAAGUUGACGUCUAAGGAUAUCUACAAGGAUCUCAGACUACGUGGAUACGAUUACACUGGCAUUUUCCAGGGGCUCAAGAGCUCUGAUAAUCAUGGAAUCAAGGGUGAGCUUACGUGGGUUAAUAACUGGGUGUCAUUCAUGGAUACCAUGCUGCAGUUUACCAUUUUGGGUAAGGAUACGACUCAACUGUGUCUUCCAACGAGACUCCAGUACGCCGCAAUCAAUCCACAGGCACAUCUGGAAAUGGCUGACAAACUUGGUGAGAAUGAAAAUUUCGAUGUUUACUCGUACCCUGAAAUUGGUGUUAUUAAGUCCGGGGGAAUUGAAUUGAGGGGAAUGAAGGCAUCUAUAGCACCAAGAAGACAGCAAUCUCAGGCAUCGCCCAAACUUGAGCGUUACACUUUCGUUCCAUACGACAAUACCCAAGUACUUGUUGAGGACCCCACCAAGUCACGUCUCCAUGCAUUGACAGUUCUUCUUCAAAUCGCUAAUGAGAAUCUCGGGAUUCUGAAGAUAAAGGCAACUGAAGUGACUGGCGAGCGAAGUGUGGAGUCCCUUUUGGCUCCAACGAUCAUAGAUAUUCUUCAGUCAGAGCCGUCUCUCAGUGUGGAAAUUCAACUUGCAACCGCCACACCAGAUACGUAUUCAUCAGUGCUGGAUCAGUGGCGAAUGAAGACAACAAACAAGGAUGUCUCGAGUUCACCAGUUGGUCAUGAUCUUCAUAUGGUAGUUGCAGCUGAUGUUUUGAGCAGUGGUGACUCAGCAGCACUUCAGAAUCUCGCGGCAUCUGUCAAAUCAGGGGGCUUUGUCCUCCUUGAGGAGACAGGUGUAAUUCAGAAGUCAUACCUGAAGAAAGCAGGCCUGAAAUUCACAGCGAUGCAAGUGAUACCUGGUAAGCAGUACCUAUUGCUGAAGAAGAAACAGGAGACGAAGGCUGCAAUUAUCAUUCAGAUAACUGAGAAGAAUUUCUCAUGGUUGGAGGGUUUGAAGGCUGCUGUCAAGCAAGCAGCUACUGGUCAACAAGUUCUACUUGUUUCCCAGGGGGAGGAGACUCUCGGUCUGAUCGGUCUUAUGACUUGCAUCAGGAGGGAAGAGGGUGGUGAGAAUUGUCGUUAUGUAUUCAUUCAGGAUAAGAAUGCACCAAAAUUCUCGUUGAAUAAUUCAUUCUACUCUGAGCAAUUGGACAGGGAACUCAUGGCCAAUGUUCUCAAGGGGAAUCAGUGGGGAAGCUAUCGACAUCUUCGUCUUGAUCAGCAGGCUGAUGCCUCGUCACUCCACGUUGAACAUGCAUAUGUAAAUUCUCUCGUUCGGGGUGAUCUCAGUAGUUUGAGGUGGAUCGAGGGACCUCUCAGUUACUAUCAACCAGAGAAAUAUCCAGGUGCUGAAUUAUGCAGUGUUUAUUUUGCUCCCCUCAAUUUCCGUGACGUCAUGUUGGCAACUGGUAAACUACCACCGGAUGCGUUGCCUGGAGAUUUGGCUGGACAGGAUUGCAUUCUCGGUCUUGAAUUUGCUGGGAGAAAUAGCAAGGGUAAGCGAGUGAUGGGAAUGGUGGCAGCGCGUGGAAUGGCCACUACUGUUCUAGCUGAUCCUGGAUUUAUGUGGGAAGUACCGGAGAAGUGGAGCCUCGAGGAGGCCGCAACAAUUCCUGUUUGCUACGCAACGAGUUAUUAUGCUCUCGUUGUUCGUGGAAAUCUCAGACCUGGACAGAGCGUCCUUAUUCAUGCUGGUACUGGUGGUGUUGGACAAGCUAGUAUUGCCAUCUGUCUUCACGCUGGGUGCAAAGUUUUUACCACUUGCGGAUCGAAGGACAAACGAGACUUCUUGAAGAAGACGUUCCCACAGUUGACAGACAACAAUAUUGGAAACUCCAGGGACACCAGCUUCGAACAGUUGAUUCUUCGUGAGACCAAUGGGCGUGGUGUUGAUUUGGUCCUAAAUUCACUGGCUGAGGAGAAACUCCAGGCAUCUGUCAGGUGUCUAGCUGAGGGUGGACGCUUUUUGGAAAUUGGUAAAUUUGAUUUGAGCAAAAAUUCAGCACUUGGAAUGUCAAUUUUCCUCAAGAACACGAGUUUCCAUGGAAUUCUUCUUGAUGCACUCUUCGGGGAUGAUUGUCCGGAAAAAAAAGAAGUUGUUAAACUUGUUUCUGAUGGAAUCAAGAGUGGAGCGGUUAGGCCCCUACCAUCGAGAGUCUUCUCAGAGCAACAGAUUGAGGAGGGAUUCAGAUUCAUGGCGAGUGGAAAACACAUUGGAAAAGUCGUACUCAAGAUAAGAGACGAGGAGUCACGAGGUGUAACCAAACCAAGUCCCAAGACAGUGAAAGCCAUCCCCAGGACUUACAUGAAUCCCGACAAGAGUUACAUUCUCGUUGGUGGUCUCGGUGGUUUUGGACUGGAAUUGGCAAACUGGAUGAUUACACGAGGUGCCAAACACAUAAUUCUUACGUCAAGAUCAGGUGUGAGAACUGGUUAUCAAUCGGUAUCGAUUCGUCGUUGGAGAAAGCUGGGUGCUAACAUCGUAAUCUCAACGUCUGAUGCCACAGAUCCGAAGGGUGCUGAACAGCUGAUAUCCCAGUCUGCGAAAAUAGCACCAGUCGGUGGAAUAUUUAAUCUGGCAGCUGUUCUGAAUGACGCCCUCCUAGAGAAUCUCGAUGAAGGCCAAUAUAUUGCGACAGCUAAACCAAAAAUCGAUGGAACCAAGAAUUUGGAUGCAGCAUCAAGAAAAAUGUGUCCAUCAUUGGACUACUUCGUUGUUUUCUCGAGUGUAUCCUGUGGUAGGGGUAAUGGUGGCCAGACAAAUUAUGGCCUGGCUAAUUCAGCAAUGGAGAGAAUUGUCGAGCAGAGGCAGGCUAAUGGGCUACCCGGAUUGGCUAUUCAGUGGGGUGCCAUUGGAGAUGUUGGACUUGUGGCAGAUACAAUGGGUGACAAUGACACUGAGAUUGGAGGUACCAUGCCACAGAGAAUGUUCAGUUGUCUCGCAACAAUGGAUAUUUUCCUCCAGCAGCCCCACUCUGUUCUCUCCAGCAUCGUUUUACCCGACAAAAAUAGACCUGGUGAUACUGAUAAUCAAAUUGGUCUCCUCCAGGCUGUUGGAAAUAUUCUCGGCAUCAAGGACCCGAGUACCGUCAAUGUUAAGAACAGUCUAGCCGAUUUGGGAAUGGAUUCACUCAUGGGAACAGAAAUAAAACAGAUACUCGAGCGUAACUACGAUAUCGUCCUGAGUGGUACUGAGAUUCGUAAUUUGACAUUUGAAAAAUUAAAUGAUUACGCCAAAUCUGCUACCGAUGAUAUACGCGUCAGUUCAAUAACACCACGUGGAACCCCAUCGCCUGGCGCCAGAACUCCCGGAUCACCAGAGGACGGUCCUAGUGAACAACUCCUCUACCAAAUAAGUGGAUCAGAAAUAAUUCCGAAAGAGCCCGUUAUUAAAAUGCAAACGAAAUCUGCAACUGGCAAACCGAUAUUCUUCAUUCAUGCUAUCGAAGGAGUUGUCAGCACCAUGAAUUUGAUAGCCAGUGAGGUUGAGAAGCCAGGCUAUGGUCUCCAGUGUCAUGCCAAUGCUCCCUUGACAUCUAUAUCAGAUUUGGCUAGACAUUACCUCAAGGAAGUGAAAAAAAUCCAGCCACAGGGCCCUUACACCAUCUUCGGAUACUCUUUUGGUGCCUGUGUGGCAUUUGAAAUGGGACUCCAGCUUGAAAAAACCAAUGACGCUGUACAGCUCAAAUUGCUCGAUGGGUCUCCAGAUUACGUUAAGAUGCAUGCACGCAUAAUUGGAAAACAAACCAGUCAAACUGACGCUGAAUUUACCGCUGAUGCCUGCCGAAAAGUUCUCGCCUUCUUCGUCAGGCAGUUCAAUAAUGAGAUAUCAUUUAUCAAUGUCUACACGAUACUCAAAGGGAUCGAUGAUUACCGUCAGAUGAUGGAUAAAAUGGUCGAUCUCAUUGGACCUAUCAAGUAUGAAUCUGAUGACCUCAAAGCUGCUGGCAUGAUGUUCUAUUACAAAGUUCUAGCUGCCAAUGAAUACAAACCAGCCAGUAAGUUCAAUGGACCUGUCACACUCAUCAAGUCAACGGAUAACUUUGCAGCUCUUGGCCAGGAUUACAAUCUAUCCGAGUACUGCGUUCAGGCUAUCAAUAUUGAAGAGUUAUCUGGAAAUCACAGGACUAUUCUCGCUGGCGAGAAUGCCAAGAUCAUUGCUGAAAUUCUGAAUGUUUAAUUCGGAUAACUAAAUGAUUUAAAAAACAGUGAGGCACUUCCUGCAUGGCACAUUCCUCCAUUCAAGUUUUAUUGUCGAUUUUUUUCAUUUGUCUCUCGUGAUAUUUUUUCUUCUUGUAUAUACGCGAACGGAAAACUUAAUGAAGAAUUUUUCUAUUUUUCAUUCACGCAAAUUGUCUCGUAAAUUGAGGGGAGUGAGUAGAUAGGAAUAGAUAAUGGAAUUAAUACGAAUAUAAUUUUUGUGCACAAGAAAGUUAGGAAAUAAGAGACCGUAGAUUUUUAAAGUAUUUUCUCAUUUAGUAACAGGUGAAAUACUCACCAAUUUCCGUGGAGUUUAAUAAAUACUUUUAUAGAGAACGUUUAUUUUUUGAAUUGAUUGAAAUAUUUUGCUACACGAACAUUCGUUAAUGUGCAACAAUUAUGGAUAGAUUUUGUUGUCUUAUCGCGAGGGCAUGAGUUUUAAAUCAGGAAUAUUCAGGAUUUGACAGAUCGAGUUAUUGAUUAAUAAUGAACAAAUCGGUUGAGAUACCAAAAAUAUUUAUACGGUUUUUGAAUGAGAGCUUGGUGGACAGAGCUCGCAUUUUUAAGUUGUAUGAAUAGGUACCCAGUGUAGAUAAAUAAAUAAAAAAUGCAAUUAACAUAUUUAUUUCUUAUUGAUUAUUUGAGGAAGGAAGCCAAUUCGAUCAUUGAAUAAACCAAAUUUGAUUUUUUUCCUCUUCUGCUCCGUCUACGGUUUUCAUACGCAUUCCACAUUAUCAUUUUAUUAUUGUAAAUGAUGUGUACUUCAACUGAGUAAAUUAAUGUGCAUAGGUACGUAAUUAAUAUGCACUGCAUACCCGGUAAGUGGAAUUAAAACAAAAAAACAAGACUUGGAAUUAUCAAUAUAUUAUGGCUAAUCUAAUACUGUAAGGUUGUAUUGAAAGUAAUAAAAAUUAUUCUAAAUGA